AUGAUAAGACAUUUACUGGACAACGUGGUGGAGCGCGGGAUGCCGCACCAUUAUUCCACUGAGAUGUGGGAGCGCACGCACAAGGGCACGGUCAAGGGUCCAGUUAGAGGGAGCAACUGGAGCGACAUUCCGCGCCGAAUCGUGGAGGAGGAGGUGCAGAGAGAGGUGUACCGUGAGGUGGCUGCAGACGCCGGCGGUGGGCGGCAGUAUGCGUCUGCAUUGCGCGAGGCAAUCAAGACGAGGAAACCGGUGCUUACAAAGAAGUAUCGGAUCAUGCGCAUAGGCGGGGCGUCGGAUCCGGUGUACGAUGAGUACACAGCCGCGCUUGGAGACGAGAUGAAGGGGAUGGCCGCGGAGUUUAAGGCGUUGGACCUGGCUACCAACAACGUGCAGGUCCACACCGCGGUGGCCAUUCCGCGCACAAGAGGCGGCGAGCUGGUGGCCAAAGGGACGUUUGUGAAGGCAUCUCCACGAGAGAGGUGGUACUCGAACGUGGCACUUCUGAACAACAAGAAGGGGGACUGGUAUGCAAGAUGUCUGUGCAUCUUCAGGGCGCUUGACCGUGAUGGGGAGUGGAAGGGAUACGCAUACGUGAGGUACUACGAGAGGGCGGGAAGCUGCAAGCUUACAGGGUGCACGCAGCUGCACAAGAAAGUGGAGAAGGUGAGGUAUUCGGUGGUGGAGCUGGGCAGCCUGCAGAGAGUUGUGCACGUGUGCCCGUCGUACAGCAACAACAAGGGACUGCUGGCUACUGCGCACCCGGACGAUGUGUUCUGCUUCCACGAGAUUAAUUUUCUUCCGAGCCGCCUCCCGAAGACAUACAUUCCAGACAAGCGUAAUGUUUGCGAGCGGAUUGUCAGCAUCGGCAUUCUUUACAACGCGACGGGCAGUUGUUCCGCGGUGCCACUGGUGGUCCUAUCGCCGUACGAUAGGCCCGAGCGCAGGCGGGGGCGCGCGGCAUCGCGCAUGGUGGCAGUCCGAUAUACGCACCGCGGCCGGUUGACUCCGGAGGUGUUCACGGAGUUUGUGGAGACUGUCAACGGGGGCCUUCCGCACCUGCAGGGAGUGGAGGACGCGCUGAAGGCCCAUUACCGCGUUAUGCUGAUGAAGCGGGCGAUCGCGGCGAAGCGGUUCCAGUUCGACUAUGCCGCUUCUAUCGCCGACGUGGACUACGGACUCAUGCUGGAGUGGCUGGGGGAAUCGUGGACCCGUGUGCGCGCUGCAACCAUGCAGAGGAGCUGGUGGCGCGCCGGAUGCGUGCCGCCGAGCUGGCCGCCGCUGAUGGCGUACCUGAACGACACCAGCGCGACGGGCAUGUUUGAGCCGCUCAUUGCGACUUGCGUCGAGCUGCAGUUGCUCAUCGAGAAGUUUAAGAUGAGGCCUGCGUGCUACAUGACGGCGGCGGAGUUCGUCAACUGCGACGCGGGGCUCUGCGUGGAGCAGGGGUUCGUUGCCACACCUGCUGCAAGCGCGUCGGAUGACUCGUCGGGCGAGAUGAGCCUGCCAGACGGCCCGCUGCUGCGGGACGAGCGCAGCAGGCGGCGCGUCAUUCGCAACGUCACAAACGCGUACGUGGAGCGUGCCGAUGAGCUCGGCAUUCCCCCGGCCCUCGUGCCAGCAGAGGUCGGCGCAUCUAACCAGGAGGUGAUUUCCCGCCUCGGCAGGACGCCAGUUAAGCGUGCGCGAGCGGGGCUGCGCACGGAGGACAUGGCAGGCCCUUCGGAGCGCAAGGACGAGGACGACGAGUGA